AUGUCUUCGCAAGACCGGAAUUACUUCCACUUUCGUUUGUUCCGAAUGCUGGUUCUACUUAUCCUGUUUACAUCUCCAACGAUAUCUAAAACGAAUGGGCUCAGCCUACCACAAAGCUUUCUCAAAUUAGAAAGUGCUUUGAUGACAUCCCAAUCAGACAACGAGUUCAAAAAAUUAAUUAUCGAAUGCCUGGCUUCAGUGGAAUGGCAACAGUUAUCUGACUUUGCCAUCCAAGAGUUCCAAGGACUAAUCGAGAAAAUACCACCUGAAAUUGAAAAUUCUGAAAAGGGAGGUCUUUUUACUGUGUCUGUGCAUUUAAUAUGCCUAAUUAAUCAACUGUACAAACAGGCUGUGAUAUUAGCUAAAGACUACAAGCAGCAUCGGGAUAUGUUCAAAGAGUUACAGACAAAAAUGAAAGUCGUAUUACAAACGAUAAAAACAAAAAUUAACUCAUUGCCAAAGAGCAUCGACUUUGCCACGUUGUACGAGCGAAUGGCGAAAGUAAUGGAAAUCCUGAAUGAUUUUCACAUCGAGCUCGAGAAGGUAACUAAUGACGUAAAAAAUGGUAUCAUCAACAGUCGACGUGGCAUACCCUUGGCCAUUGGAUGCGGCGUUGCUGCGGUAAUCGUCUGUGGUGCUUCCACCUUCGAUGCAAGUCCGUGGGUAAAAGGUUUAACAUGUGUUCCUUCUAUUGGAGGUAUUGCUUAUUCUAUCUUGAGUUUCUUUUCACUCGACAAAACCAGUGAAGAACUGAACCAGUUGCAGAAGGAAACGAAAAAGCUAAGGCUAGAGUUAGCCAAGCAUCGAACCAAGCUUCAAGUUCAACUUGCUUUGAUGAAAGGUAAACUUAAUCACUCACGGCCUGUUCAUAAGCUACUUGAUUGA